ACGCCCUUCACCAAAACAGACAAGUUGGCAGAUCCAAGUCCCAGGGAGGUGGAGACCUGUGUUUUUUUUUAAGCCAAGAUGUCAUACAGCUGGGACCAGCAACAGCAGUAUGGCUGGGGAGACCAAUCAAGUUUUUCCUAUGACAUGGGAUCUCCGGACUUUGGGCAAGAGCAGCAGUUCCAAAGCUUCGAUUAUAGCAGCUCUGGUGGCCAAGGAGGACCCCCACCGACUUCUACUUACAAUAAUGUAGGGGGUGGUCAGCAGCCUACCUUCUUCACCCCAGGACCUUCCAUCAUGACACCAGGACCCAACCCUGAAGCCCCCGUCACAGGAGACUCCAUAGAUGAUGAGCCUCCCCUGCUGGAGGAGUUAGGAAUCAACCCAGAAUCCAUCUUGCAGAAAACUCUCACCGUUUUGAACCCCAUGCGACGCACCAACCCUAUGAUUCUGCAGGACACAGAUUUGGCUGGUCCUUUAGCAUUUUGUUUAGCCUUUGGUAGUUUCCUUCUUCUCUCUGGUAAAGCACAGUUUGGUUAUAUUUAUGGCAUUGGCAUGUUAGGAUGCGUGUCAAUGUAUGGUCUCCUAAACAUGAUGUCAAUGUCGGGUGUAAAUUUAGGUGUUGUCGUAAGUAUUCUUGGGUAUUGCCUGUUGCCCAUGGUUGGAUUGGCAGGUGUUAAUGUACUCAUAUCUCUUCAAGGUGCUGUUGGUAUGGUUUUGACAGGUGCAGCCAUCCUCUGGUGCUCAGUUUCAGCUUCUAAAUUGUUUGUAACAGGCUUGGCUAUGGAUCACCAGCAGCCUUUAGUUGCUUAUCCAUGUGCACUUCUCUAUGCUGUGUUUGCUCUCAUUACCAUAUUCUAGUUUUAUAUUUAUAAGUUAGUUAUUACUAAAGAAAAAAUUGGUUUUGUUUAAGAAAACAUAAAUGCUUUCACUAUCUAACAUGUGUGCAAGUUAUGCAAUUUACUGGAUAUUAAGUUAUAAUGGCAAGUGCAUGUGUCUGCUUUUUACCAGAAAAAGAUUUUGUAAUAGUGGUAUAUCCACGCAUUUUAUAUACAAAUAUAUAUGUAUUUAUUUCAUAGGAAAAAAAAAAGAGUAGUUAACCAUAUAUUUGAAUCAUAAAAGAACAAUGCAAGCUUAUGUACAACAUUCAUUUGUUGAUCUUAUAGUUAAGCUUCUCUCCAUUCCUUAUUUCAACAGGCUUCACAUGUGUUAAUCUGUGUGAUUCAGAAUUAGCCAUAAGUUUGCUAGGUGUUUUAGUGAAAUUAUGUCAGUGAAUGUUAACUAGUCUGUUUUAAUUGUUAGUAGGCAUAUUACUUUUUUUUCCUUUCUUUUCAUUAUUCUUGAGUGGAUUGCACAGAGAAAGGUCACAUCAUAACAACAGGACAGUAGUUAGCCUUGUCAUGCAUUUUGACAUGUUGUAUUAUUGAGUUGUGUUUGGCUUAUCGAGGAUCAUUUGGCAGACUGUUUCUUAGUCAAAAUUAUCUUGGUUGAAGAUCACUCAAUGUUGUCAUCUUUAUUGACCUAACUUGUUAGGUUGAAAACUUAAACUUUUUCAUGGAUUUAGGUAUUAUACGAGAAGAUGAUAUAUUCUUUAUAAUAAAGUUAAAGGACUUUA